AUGAGAUUGGCCAGGGCGGGUUUCAAGGUCUACGCAAUGGACUAUGAAGGGCAUGGUAAAUCCAAAGGAUUAGAGGGUUACAUCAGAAACUUUGAUCAUCUUGUUCACGACGUCUCUUCUCAUUACGUUUCAAUUUGUGAGAGGGAUGAGAAUAAAAGGAAGAUGAGGUUUCUAUUAGGAGAAUCCAUGGGAGGAGCAGUCGGGUUACUGUUGGCGAGACAGAAACCCGAUUACUGGGACGGUGCCGUUUUAAUCGCCCCCAUGUGUAAGCUAGCAGAAGAGAUAAAGCCACAUCCAAUGGUGAUCUCAUUUCUCACAAAGCUAACUCGAUAUAUUCCAACUUGGAAGGUAGUUCCUAGCAACGAUAUUAUUGACGUCGCAUUUAAAGAAUCCCACAUAAGAAAACAGGUAAGGGAAAAUGGGUAUUGCUAUAAGGGACGGCCUCGCUUGAAAACCGCUCAUCAACUCUUACUUGUUAGCUUGGAUCUUGAGAAGAAUCUUCAUCAGGUAACGUUGCCAUUUAUUGUCCUUCACGGAGAAGAGGAUAAAGUUACAGACAAAGACGCUCAUAUUGAUGGCCAAGUUGGAUAUAGCGAGGAAUUCAUCGAGAAUUCACGUGGAAUACAACUCUUAACCUGCAAAUGGUUUCCAGUGAACCAAGAACCAAGAGCUCUAAUCUUCUUUUGCCAUGGCUAUGCAAUUGAUUGCAGCACCACAUUUAAAGAUGUCGCAUCUAAGUUUGCAAAAGAAGGUUUUUCUGUGUAUGGAAUUGAGUAUGAAGGGCAUGGAAGAUCGAGCGGCCUCUCUGUCUACAUUGAUAACUUCGAUCUUCUCAUCGAUGAUGUCUCUUCACAUUUCUCCAACAUAUCUGAGAUGGGAGAGAACACAAAGAAGAAGAAGUUUUUGAUGGGAGAGUCAAUGGGAGGAGCCGUAGUUCUUCUCUUGCACCGCAAGAAACCAGCUUUUUGGGAUGGAGGAAUCCUUAUUGCUCCGAUGUGUAAGAUUGCUGAGCAGAUGAAACCACCAAGAAUGGUUCUAUCCGUGAUGAAUAUGGUCACGAAUCUAAUCCCAUCAUGGAAGUCGAUCCUUUCGGCACCUGAUAUCAUCAAUCUCGCAAUUAAACUGCCUCAAAAGAGACAAGAGAUAAGAGAGAAUCCAAAUUGCUAUAUUGGGAGGCCUCGUAUGAAGACGAUGAGCGAGCUUUAUAGAGUCAGUGUCGAUCUAGAGAAUCGGUUGCACGAGGUGACCAUGCCGUUCAUAGUAUUGCAUGGAGAAGAUGAUAAAGUGACGGAUAAAGACGCGAGCAAACUGCUUUAUGAGGUGUCUACGUCCAAUGACAAGACUUUGAAGUUGUAUCCAGAAAUGUGGCAUAGCCUUCUUUUCGGGGAACCUUUGGAGAAUUCAGAAAUUGUGUUCAGUGACAUUGUCCAAUGGAUGCAGACAAGAAUUACUACUCUUCAUGUGAAGGCUCAUAACAAUGAAGCAAAAUCGUAA